CUUUAUCAUGGAGAUCCUCCCUCGAUGAUCAAAUCUCUUCAUAGUCUCAUGAAUGCUAUUCGAACAAUAUUUACUAUAUCGAGGUAUUAUAAUAGCUCAGAAAAGGCCACGGGUUUAUUGCUUAAAAUAACUAAUCAGAUGUUAAUAGCCUGCAAAGUACAUUUAACGAAUCACGGCCGGGAAAGAGUUUGGGAACAGUCUCGAAAAGAAGUAAUUUGUAAGAUAGCUGAUUGCGUGAAUUUAAAAGAUGCGUUCAGAGAAGCUUAUAAAUACACAAAAGAUAAAAUGGCUCGAGUACCUGGAGGUGAUAUAUAUAUUUUACCAACAUUUGUUAGUGUAAAAAAAUGCUUUUAA